GCUUCAGUCGGUCGCGGGCGCUCGGCUACGCCACUCGGGCCCGAGCCAUCGAUUGCCACAAUCGAAACAAUCGGAUUAAAAUCGAACACCAAAUUCACAAUAAUCUCACAGAACAUCUAUAAAAUAACGUUACAUUUUCAAAUAGAAUAACAGUUGUUAUAUCAAGGCGUUAAUUCUUUAUGAAAUGUAGGUUGUGUCAGUGAAAAGGACGCAUAAGCCAAACAGGGAUAUUAGCAGAAAUAGGCUGAUUUCACACCGUUGUUGCGGGUAAAACCAGGAACAUAAUUACAGUGUAAACAAUGACCCGUUCCAUGUGACGUAGUUCGGUGCGUGAGCGCAGUGUUGUGUCGUAGUGAGUGAUAGUUCAACAAGAUGGCCGACCCGGACGCGUUUGAUGAUGAGAAGCUGGUCGUCGGGGGUCCGAACCAGCGUAAUUGGCGUGGCAUCCUCAUUGCACUGCUGGUCAUAGUAGCAGUCCUAGCGCUGAUCGUUACAUCAGUAGUGCUGCUCACCCCCCCUGAUGAGGGACCCAGGGUUAAGGGCCGGCGGUUGAGGAUCCAGGACUUAUUGACUGAGGAGCUGACGCCGGUGCGGUGGAAUGGGACUUGGAUUUCUGGUGAUGAGUUCAUAUUCCGGGAUUCGUACGGCGGCAUCAGUCUCAUGUUCGCAGUCAAUCAAACUACUAAAACACUCAUGCCGAAUACUACGUUUAGGGUGCUAGAACCGGCCUCAUUCUCAGUGUCAGCUGACCGGCGCUUCCUCCUGCUGGCUCAGAACGUGCGCAAGAUUCACACGCACUCCUACCUCGCUAGGUACACCGUCUACGAUAUACUCACCACCGAAUCCUACCCCCUCACUCCGUUACCAGACGAGGUGGGAGGUGGGGUGAUCACCGAGGGACCCUCACUGCUCCUCGCCACCUGGACCCCCAAGGGCCACGGUCUCAUCACGGUGAAAGACUAUGACAUAUACUACAGGCCAGCCCCCAGGUCUUCGACGGGGUACAGAGUGACGGAGUCCGGAGUGCCUGGAACGAUUCAUAAUGGGGUCCCUGAUUGGUUGUAUGAAGAGGAGAUCCUGGGCUCUCGAACAGCGCUAUGGAUGUCAGCGGACGGUCACAUGGUGCUGUAUGCUACCUUCAAUGACAGUUUAGUGCACGAACAAAAAUACCCCUGGUAUGGAGCAGCCUUGGAUACUGAUGAUCCUGCCAAGACGUACCCGGAGAUCAGAAGCGUGAGAUACCCUAAGCCUGGGACCAACAACCCGACGGUGACGCUGACAGUGGCCGAUAUCGCGGACCCCAAACACAUUCGCACAAGACACCUUACGCCGCCUAAAGUUAUAUUAGAAGAGGGUGACUAUUACUUCACGAGCGCGCAAUGGGUGUCUCUAACAGAAGUAUGUGUGGUCUGGCUCACGAGGAUGCAGAAUCUGUCAGUGGUCUCCGUGUGCAAGAGCCCUAUGUGGUAUUGUCAGGAGGUAUACAGAAUAUCCUCAGGGCUAGACGGGUGGGUGGAGUCAGCCCCAUCCCCCCUCUGGUCUGCCGGUGGUGGGGCGCUGGUGACCCUAGCCCCAGUGAGGGACGGGCCCGCAGGCCUCUUCCGUCACAUAGUGAGGACAGAGCACAACUCUCACGGGCCUAGGGCCCUGCCCUUGACUCAUGGGAGCUUCGAUGUCGUCCAGCUGUUAGCUUGGGAUCAUGCUAAUCAGCAUAUAUACUACAUGGGUAUCCCAGAAGGCAAACCAGGGCAGCAGCAUCUAUACAGAGUAUCAUCCGAGGCGCCGAGGCCGGGCUCCCCGCAGAAACUGCCCUACUGUGUCACUUGUAACUCACAGCCGUCUCCAUCAAUAAACCUGGAGUACUACGGCAACCUAGCGUCUUCAGGAGACAGCACGUGGGGGGACGGUGACUGGGAUGAGGAGCUCCCCGCCACCUCACCCUCGCCCAGCAAGAAGAAGAAGAAGAAGUAUCCUGACGGCAUGCCUCAAAACCUGCCUUGUCUAUACCAUGAGGCCCACUUCAGUCCAUCAUCAGCGUACUUCGUGUUAGAGUGCCUGGGUCCCGGGGUGCCCACCUUCAGUCUGCACAAGACUGCCUUACCUGACCCCAGGCUGUUGGCGCAUUUGGAGAAUAACACUGUUGUUAAGGAGCGCCUAGCAGCUAUAGCGUUGCCCACCCCCAGGACAUUCUCGGUGCAGCUGUCAAGCGGUCACGCGGCGAGGGUGCGGCUGCUGCUGCCGCCAGGGCUGAGAGAAGACGAGGUCACCAAGUAUCCUCUAGUGUUGAAAGUUCAUGGAGCACCAGGAACACAGCUAGUGACAGAGCGCUGGUCGCUCGACUGGGGCUCCCUAGCAGCUGGCGCGGGGGCUAUCCUCGCGUCAGUAGACGCGCGGGGUGCGGGGGGCAGGGGGCUCGGGGCUCAUCACACGCUGCACCGACGCCUCGGCACUGUGGAGCUGCAAGACCAGUUGGAGGUCGCUGAAUACCUCCGCGACUCGCUCCACUUCAUAGACGCUCGGCGCGUGGCGGUGUGGGGCCGCGCGCACGGCGGCUUCCUGGCGGCGCUGGCGCUCGCCUCGCCGCUCAGCGUCUUCCACUGCGGCAUCGCCUUAACGCCUAUUGUGCGUUGGCGGUAUUAUGCCUCAGCCUACGCGGAACGCUACAUGGGUUUCCCGAACGCAACGGGCAACUAUCGCGGCUACGCAGACGCCGACGUCACAAAGCAAGCAGCAGCCUUGCACGACAAGAUGCUACUGCUAGUACACGGCACGGCUGACAAUAACGUCCACGUGCAGCAGAGCAUGGCACUCGCACGAGCGCUGGCCGACCAGGGCAGCAUGUUCCGCCAGCAGAUCUACCCAGACGAGGGUCACAGCCUAUCAGGCGUGAAGCGUCACCUAUACCGAACAAUGUCGUCUUUCCUGGACGACUGCUUCCGCAAGCAAGUCCCGCCCGAGACCAAGGCGGGGCUGCGGAACGGCGGCAACCUCGACUGAGACUCGUGGAGCGACGAGGAGUUGUGCUCUUGCUCACCAGUGCGGAGUGAGGACAACUCCGAGCCAGAAGACUCCGACGAGAGGUAAUAAAUACGAAGCUAGCGCCCAAAGAGAGAGUGUAGUGAUAAUCAAAAUAACCCGUAGUACAAUUAACUCCAUAUCUAACGCAUCACAACUGCCACCGUCAUGUUGAUAAGAGUUUUAAUGUCUUUACGAUAUGAACGGAGCCAGGAAAACAGCACUUGUUAAGAAUUGAUAACUACGACAGCAAAAAGUAACUUUAAAUUAAUUAAUAAUACCAUGAAAAUUGAUAGUCAUCAAGUACAAGCAAUAUCAUGAAAAAAAUAUAACCCUUCUUUUGGUGCAGUAGGAUAAAGAUGUUACAAUGAAUGAAUAGAUUUAGAGCAAAAAGUUUUCGCUCUUAGAUUUUAGAGCUAGGAGUCCUGGAUCUGUUCAUCUGAUCAUCAAAAAGCGUUUUCUGUCGGCGUAUUAUUAAAAAAUAUUUAGGAAAAGUCGUUAUGGUUGGUAUAGGUUGUAUUUCAAUUUGGAUUGAAAAGAAUUGUAAUCAUGGAUGGAAAUGUGCUUUAAAUAAGGAUACAGAAAUCAUUGUGUAAGGAAAUAUUUUUAAUAAUACGCCGCAAAAAAAACAUGACCGUACGAUAAUUGACAAUCAUAUGAAGUUUCUUAUUAUACACACGUAUAACAAAUUUUAACCUCAAAUAAAUAAAAAUAAUAACGCCAACUAGUUUAAGUAUAUCAAUAUUUACAGCAGUUUUUACACAAACACACAUAUCGGUGAAAACCAAGAUUUCUUACUUCAAAAACUCAAUACGAAUAUUCGAUAUAAUUAUCUUAUUCACGAUUCUCUGCCUUAUUUUCUGCACAAACACAAGAAUCUUCCAUUAUAGUCCUCUGUGCAUGUAUAAUACUCGCGUCUCUAACAUUUAGCUUAAAAUACGCAAUAUUUCAUCUAGUGACUAAUAAAGGAAUUGAAUGAAUAGUUCUUUAGUCAAUCAGUUUGUGAUCUAGUAGAUAAAAUUGUUAUAGAUAGUGUACCUUUCAUGAGCUCAUUGUCAUGUACCUAUAAAAACGUUCUUGAAAAUAUAAAAGUCAUUUUCGUUGAUCGAAAAUGUAUGAAACAGACAUUGUUUUUGAAGAAACCUUGGCAAAACUUGCAACUGUAGGGAAAUGUAAGCUUCUAAUCCGAUUUACAAUUCUCUGUAGGAUGUGUCUGUGUGGGUACAUGCACAUGUUUUAAUAAAGUAUUAAACAAUACUGGGAGGUUGGUUUCAUAGACUUAGAAAGCAUGUUUGUGGCUUUUAUCAUAAAUGUUGAAAACUGAAACUUAAGCUGGCAUGUGAGUGGUUUAAAUACAUAGAACUAUGGCUGUGUUUACGUAAAAGUUACCAAAACAACUAGAACAUACAUGAAUUUGAUUUUUUCGCUUAUAAACGUGGUUAUCUACGUAUGAGUGAAGAUUGCCUGAUAGGCACACGGACUAAACCUACGAUCUUGCAAUCGUAAAUCAAAAUGAGGUAUUUUGAGAUGCCAAUAUGGCACGACACCCGAAAAUCCCGCGGGUUCGGGAGAAAAAGGAAUUCGUGUUAAUGAGACUCGUUAGAAGUUUCAUUAUUAAAAGAAGUUUGAUUUUUCUACAGUUGCUACUUUGUACAAGACAUGGUCCUCAAGGCAAAUUAAUAGAAAGAAUAUCUAUUCGUACCCUUGAUUAUAAAGAAAUUUGCGAAUUAUUAUAAGAAAAAUGCGUUCUAGUCAUAAAAAAGUGCAUAAUGUUGGUUGUUGAAAUUCCUUUGGGUAUCUUCAUAUACCUCACACUCUCAAGAGACUUGAGUCCGCACUCUUAAAGCCGUUGCAACAUUUUGCAAUGUGAUUAAUUUUAUAAAAGAAAAUUAAUUUAAUAAUUGCAAUUAAUUUUAAUCGCAAACGACGAUGAUGGUAAAGUGUAAUUUCUAAAUGACAAAUAAUUGUACAGAUUAAUAUAAUAUUUCCCAUUUAGAUAAUAUAAUACGCUUUCUUGUGUAUUUCACUAAAUAUAUGACCAAAACGCAAAACUAAAUUCUUUGAACAGAAUAAAUAAUUGCGUUUCCAUAUAAUUAGUAAAAUAUACGUAUUUGAUAAAAAAAAAUAUCCAAACAUUUGAUCUUUAAGUAUAAAAUUGCUCACUCUCAUCAAAUUUUGCAUGGUUCUAGUCACUUCAUUUAUAGUAUUAAAAGUAUUUAAUAAUAAAUUUUAUUAAAGACCAAUAGUAUGUUAAAAAUAUUUUAUUAAAGAAAAUUAAAGUUUUAAAAACUAAUUAGUGAAGAUUUUGAAAAACUAGUAAGAUUUAGUGCAUUAGUUACCUUAGUGAAGUUUGAAAUUAAAAGUUUUAUUGAAAUGUAACUAAUAUAGCAAUAAUUUAAUAGAUAAAAUACCUCCUUUAUAAGUAAGCACUCUUCCGAUAAAGCACUUGUAUAAAAGGAAUUUUGAAGCGUUCAAAUUAUGAGAAAUCUUAUAGACAUGAACAAUAUGAGCGUUUGCACAGACAACUAACUGGAAAAAUGUAUUCUUAAGAAUAUGAAAAAAUAUUAAAAUACCUCAUGCUUAAGUCUCAAUUUACUUUCUCUUGCACAAAAUAAAAUUUAAAAAAUUAAAUUGUAAAAGUCCAAAGUUCUGCACGUAAUUUUACCAGGAGUGUCACGAAAGAAUGAUAUUCCUGCACCAAAUUCUCGUGCAAGACCAGCUGUGUGUGCAAACGCUUUCAAUCUACGUCGUAAAAGAAUAUUUUUCUGCCGGCGUACUGUUGCAAAAAUAAUACGAAAACAGUACGCCGUCA